AUGGCAAACCAAAAUGAUUAUUUACUACAGUAUGCGCGCUUCCACGGGAUAGCAAGCGACUUCACGCAGAUCGAUCCUCUCCGACAUGUCGAUCAAACCUGUCCAAGUCCCCGCGACCCCCCUCCAUUGCCUGAAGAUGCACUCUCCGAGCUGAAGGGCCACUUAUAUCAUUCACAGGAAGCAGUCGAGCAGGAACUUCAUCAAGGAAAGCUUGGUAUCAGGAAGGAAGGCGCGUUGUAUCUCUCAUCGGUUCUCCGAGAUAGCAAAACCGCCAGCACCGACGAGUACUGGGACAAACUCUUGCCUGCAUGGGGUCGGCAUGACAAGCUUAAACUGGAACUUCCUAUUUUCAACUCGGAUAACGAUACAUAUCUACGGCCUUCGAAGGAUCCUAUUCAAUACAGUCAGGAUGAUUACUCACUCGUGGACCUCCCCUGCGACCUUAGCAAAGCCGAGUUGUCUAAGAGCCUACCGGACAACAACGAUAUCGAGAAGCAGGUCAGGGAUGAACGGCUGGACUGCACGAAAGCUUCACUGAUGCUUAUCCAAGAUGCAAGGCGUGGUGACGACUACAGUCUAGAGGAUCUGGAGAGUUUGCUACAGACAUCCUUGGGCAUGGCUCGGGAAGACCCGUUCUUCUAUGCGCCAAAACCUCUCCUUCCCUUGGACGCUGAAUGCUUCUCGUGUUGCAGCCCGUCGCCUAUUCCAGAAGAACGUGUUCCACUAAGUCCUGCCGUCCCCGAUUCUCCUACGCGUCCAGUGCCAGAGAAACCGGACAAUCCGAAACCCGUAUACCAUUCAGCGUGCGAGGAGGCGAUUGAAGGGAUGAAUUCAAGCCUUGCCAGUAAUUCAGACGGAGAAGAUGUGCUCUGCUGUAAUGAUUUAUUGCAGAUAGAUAGGAUGUCAUUGACAGAUACAACUACCCCGGAUACGUCGCCGUCUUCCGAGCAAAAUGGACACAAUGGAGAAUGUGACAUGGAUAUAGAUAUCGUGGAUACUAUGGAGUCUUUCAUACCUGAGACACGGGAGGCCUUAGCUGCGAUGUGCUCUAGCAAUAAGACCUCUCAGAUAACUUACAACGACAUAACGAACGAUAUCGCAACCUCGGACUGUUUGCCCUAUGAGGGCUGUUCGACGAUGGAUGCGACUUUACAGAAGCCAUCGGGCUUCUCGUCACUUCCAUCCCAGUCUGGCUCACAUUCUCAACCCGAACAGCAAGCCCAUUCGUCUCAGGUGGGUCUCACAAAACCGAAGUCUCAGUCAUCAACAGAAAAAGCUCAAAAUCAAUAUUCCGACGCGAAUAGAGAUCAUUUACUCUCAUCCUACUCGCACAAUCCAGGUGCUAUGGAUACAGAUACAGACCAUAACUCCCUACCGCAAACCCCAAACCCAAGCAAUAGCCAGAUCAAUUCGAGGAAAAGACCAAAAACGAGAGGCCAAGAUAUGACUUCUCUCGUGGAUGCCAAGAACAGUCAUCCAUCGUCCACAAUGCUCUCUACCAGUUUGGGAUCCUUAGCACGUUUCAUGCAAACCAGGAAACGGAUUUUCAGGCGACAAGUACCGGCGCAGAGCUCCUACUUUUCCAAUAAUGAACACAAUGGAGCUGAGAGACAGGACACUGAUAUCACGGAUACUUCUACCAUUCAAAUAACGCCCGAGGGCCCUCAUACAGAACUGCAAUUUAUACAAAAUAUCUCUCGCAUCCCACAUAUCGCGAAAAGAAAUCGUGGACAGCCCGAACUCUUCCUAUCGACCUCACUUCUCAAAAGUCAUCUAAGCCUAAUACAAUGUUUCGAAAAAAUGGACAAUCCACCCUCAAUAGUAUACCAAGAUCGCGACACUUACGCAGAGAGAGACCUAUAUGGUCCUCGGACCAAAACCACCAACUUUUACGUCCAAGACACAAAAGCCGAUAUCGUGAUCCCCCCAGAAACGGGCAUCAUCCUAACAAACUCUCAAGCAACCACACAGCUCUUUCUACCGGGCCAUGAGCCCAAAAUUACCAGCGAUAUUAAGAGCAUUAACUCCCCUCUCCGAGAACGGGUCUUUCUGCUUGCAGGACACUAUAAGUAUCUAUAUGUGCUUAUUUGUCAUCCGUCUUCGAAGACGACGAAUAGAACCAUUGGUGGUUCGACUGGGAUUACUAUUGAUAGGGGCAUGUUGACGCCUCUGACUUCCUUUACUGCGUUCUGUGAUUCGAUGGCAUCGAUCUCGAACGUUAAUCCGCUUCUCGUACCGUUGUGUCUAGAAGUAAUUGCUGGUUGGGUUCUCGCACUGGCGGAUAAGCAUUUUUAUUAA